UGCUACAUCCGUGUCUCUGCCUCACCUCCUGCAGAAAAGGAGAGAGAGGAGACAGCGUGACUGAUCAGGAGCUGCACAUCCGACCGUCAAAAGGAGCAAGAAUGGGGCUGAGUUUGAGAGAUAUGAAAGUGGCUGGAGAAGAGACCUUCCGGAAAUUCCCGAAAGAGAGCCGAUCCAGUGUCUUCUUCGGCCAGAUUUUACUGCUCAUGUCUUACCUGGUCAUCAUCGUCACUCUGCCUGUGUCUGUCUGGCUGUGCGUGAAGGUGAUUAAGGAGUACGAGCGGGCGGUGAUGUUCCGGCUGGGACGCAUAAUUCGGGGUGGACUCCGGGGGCCAGGUAUAUUCUGGUUUGUUCCCUGCAUCGAUACUUUCAAGAGAGUUGAUUUGAGGACAGUGGCGUUCUCCGUCGCAACUCAGGAGGUCCUGACCAAAGACUCCGUGACCAUUAUGGUGGAUGCGGUUGUGUUUUACCGAGUUGUGGACCCUGUGGUCUCGGUGCUCAGUGUGGUGGACGCCAAUAUGGCCACUCACCUGCUGGCUCAGACCUCACUGCGCACCAUGCUGGGAACCAAGAACCUCACGGACAUCCUCGCCGACCGGGAGGAGAUGGCGGAAGAAAUGGAGAAAAUCCUGUACUCUGCCUCCAAGGAUUGGGGGAUUAAGGUGCAGCGAGUGGAGUUUAAAGAUGUGAAACUGCCCAAGAUGCUGCAAAGAGCGAUGGCCAUGGAGGCCAAGGCCACCAGAGACACCAAGGCACUGGUGAUCUCCUCGCAGGGGGAGCUGGAUGCCUCUCUGGCCCUCAAGACUGCAGCCGUCAUCAUGUCGCAGUCACCAUCGGCGCUGCAGCUCCGGUACCUGCUGACGCUGAGCGAGAUCACCACCAAGCGAAAGUCCACCAUCAUCUUCCCCAUCUCCUUCUAGCCCGCCAACCCGUGAUCCCCAGCUCCCUACCCAUCCCCGGUCCCCAGCCCAAUUCCUCAGCCCAGCUC